GAUGGGGAACUCAAGGUAGAAAUAUAAACUACUGGAGGACCCAUACUGUAUAGAAACAGGACAGUGCUGUCCAAAAGUCGCUAUCAUCCAACGGCAUUUACCUUGAACGAACCUGCUAACAGGCGACUAAUCAGGCUGUUUGGCCACUGAACAAUAAAGAACCUGAGACCCACUUGCCCUGAUUCAUCUGCUGCCCGAGGGCUCCAUUCCCCACUCCAUCACAGAAGGGGUGAUAAUUAGGGAAAGAAACAGAACUUCCACACAGACCCAAAGAGGGUGGAGCUUCCAAGAAUGCCUUCAUUCAGAUCUCAGGUGGAGGGGAACUCCACCCCCCCAAACCUGCCCCAAUUAAAAAGCGGGGCCCCAGAGAGCACAUUUUCAGAGGUUCCACACACAGCCUAAACUCACUAGAAGCAACAUGAAGGGAAUGGAAAUAACCCUAAGCCUAAUCCUGUUGCUACUGCUCAACUUCAGCCCCAGGAGAGCACUACCCCUACCGCCCAGCAUCUCAUGCUGCACCCAAGUCUAUCAAAAGAAUCUUCCCAUUAAACUCCUUCGGAAUGUCAACCGGGUGGAUCUACAAGAAGCCAAUGGCGACUGUCAUAUAAAGGCUUAUGUGCUGCACCGAAAACACGGAUCACCUGUUUGUGUUCACCCAAAGAACCCGUCUCUAGCUCGGUGGUUGUCCCGAAACAGGAUGCUACAGAAGUCAUAAGCCCAGGCUCUGCCCAACUGCCUGACCCCCACCCCCCACCCUCCCGUUUCAUCCAGUCUCCUGUAAGUCUGAUACCUUGCAGUUCAGGUCUUUUUCCUCAAAAACCCAAUCCCAUAUGUUGGCUGACCCACUGGGGGUGAGAUGGCAGUCGUUUCCUUAGAGGUGGGGAGACAGCAAAUGAACCUGGGGCUGAGCUCUGCACUGUCUUCCCCUAAUAAAGAUGAGUUAAUAAA